AUGCAUGGCCUUCUGCUUUUUAAUACUUGGUGUAUGGAGGAGAGCACUGGCCUUUAUCUUCCGUCACAGCCAGAUAUGCAGGCUUCCAGAUAUCUACAAACCAGCACACAUGUCAAUCUCUUGUUUCUGUUCCUCUCCUGCUCAUUAGUUAUCCUUGACCAUGCCUUGGUCAGAUCACAAGUCUGCUCGGAUAUCCCCCAUCGGAGAAGUUUAAUAUCCAGAAGAGUAUGA